AUGCCUGCAUAUCCGCAUCAGCAAAGACCUGGAGGCCAAGGCUUCGCGAGCACCCUCCCAGGAAAGGGACCUUCAACUUCCCAGGUCUUAGCAGUUGUAACGUUGUUAUCUGUUGUUGGCACCCUUCUCUUCCUUUCAGGUCUCACUCUUGUAGGGACACUCAUUGGGCUAGCUGUGACCGCCCCCGUUUUUGUGAUUUUUAGCCCAGUUUUGGUCCCUACAGCCCUUGUGAUAGGCUUGGGCGUGUUGGGAUUCUUAGCAUCCGGUGCUUUCGGGGUCACGGCACUCUCGUCACUCUCUUGGAUGGCCAACUAUUUGCAGAGCUUGAUCAGAGGUCCCUUAACACAAACAUUGGAUCAGGCAAAACGGAGGGCGCAGGAAACAGCAGGACAUGUGGGCCAGAAAGCUAGAGAGACGGCCCAGACUGUUCAGGGUAAGGCCCAAGAAGCUACAAAGGGUGCUCCAGGUCAAGAGGUUGUCAAGGAUAAGCGGAGUGGCAAGACCAAGGGCUAUGGAUUUGUUAGCUUUGCCAACCCUACUGACCUAGCUGCUGCACUUAAGGAGAUGAAUGCGUGA